UCUUUAGUCUCUCAAUUUAUAUCACAUCAUCUUCAAAAUGAAAUAUAUCAUCUAACAUAAACAAUAAUAUCGAUAAAAACACUCACAUACCAUACCCCCCACACUCUGAAACAAACCGUAUUGUAUCGUGUGCUAUGCAUGAUGAUGAUGAUGUUGAAGUUGCGUCCUUACGAUAAACGGCUCCUCGCAAAACAAGCACUUGUAGCAGUCAUCAAAGACAUUCCAUUCGAAACAACCUCUCCUCCUUCCAAUCUCAUUUGGACUCCCGACGCCGUCAUCGAACUCCUCCGUUUCAUCUCCCGUUACUCCUUCCAAUCCAUCGGCUGUCAAAACAACCCCUUCCGCCACCGCUCCGUACCCCUUUCCAACUUCAAACACCCCCACACUAACCCAUACUUAACCAACCUCUCUCUCCGCAAAUCCCAUGAAUUCCUCCAUUGGAUCCAUUCCCAUUUCAACUUCCUCCACACUCAAUCCACCACUCGCGAAAUGGCCAUCCUCAUUGCCAAAUCUCACAACACCAAUGCCCUCUGGACUUUCCUCAAACAUUUUAGUAUCCGUCUUCACACUAAUGACCAUAAUACUAUUGUUACAACACCGACCGUUACCUGUUUGAUUAAACUCCUAGGUGAACAAGGCUUAGCGAAAGAAGCUUUGCUUACUUUUUACCGAAUGAGACAAUUCGGUUGCAAACCUGACGUACAAGCUUAUAACGCUUUGAUUAAUGCUAUGUGUAGUGUUGGGAAUUUCACCAAAGCAAGACACUUGCUUCAACAGAUGGAACUUCCUGGGUUUCAUUCUCCUCCUGAUGUUUUCACUUACACUGUUUUGAUAAGUUCCUACUGUAGGUACGGUGUGAAGAUUAGUGGAUGUAGGAAGGCCGUGCGAAGGAGAUUAUAUGAAGCAAAUCGUCUCUUUCGUAUUAUGGUUUUUAAAGGUAUUGUGCCUGAUGUUGUUGCUUAUAAUGCAUUGAUUGACGGUUGUUGUAAAACGUACCGUGUUGGAAGAGCUUUGGAGUUGUUUGAUGAUAUGAAGAAAAGAGGUUGUGUUCCGAACCGUGUUACUUAUGAUUCUUUUAUAAGAUACUAUAGUGUUGUGAAUGAGAUUGAUAAGGCUGUUGAGUUUUUGAGGGAGAUGCAGAGGUCGAAUUAUGAUGGCGAGAAUGGGAUAGUAGUGGGUAGUUGUAGUUCUUAUACGCCCAUUAUUCAUGCGCUUUGUGAGGUUGGGAGAGUUGCUGAUGCUUGGAGUUUUCUUGUUGAGUUGAUUGAUAAUGGCUCGGUGCCUCGGGAGUAUACUUAUAAGUUGGUUUGUGAUGGACUUCGUUUGAAAGGAGAAGAUGAGUUGCUGAGUGGUGAAGUGCACCGGAGGAUAAAAUGUGGCAUAUUGGAAAGGUACAAGCGAACCAUGAAAGUUAAACCGGUUAUGACUCGCAAAGGGUAUCCUGAGUUGGAAGUACUUGUUUGACCAAAAUGAGUUAAACACGAGGCAAAGAAGAUGGAUGAAUUUCAUAAAUGAUUAUGAUUUUGCACUACAAUAUCAUCUGGUAAAGGCAAAUAUAGUUGCAAUUUGCAAAUGCUUUGAGUAGAAAGAUUCUACAUAUGGAAACAAUGUCAGCUGAUGAACAGGUAUCCCAUAUUCAAGCCUUAGCUACUGGACUGCAAAAGGUGUUGCUGAUUCAGUUUUAGCUGACAAAUCGUCACUGAUGGGGCCUUUAUUUGAAAAGACAGUGAGUGAGUUUCCGCCUUGUUGGUCCAAGAGAAAACUAUGUUCCUCACAAAGAUCCCUGGAAUUUUUUGGUGAAAACUCAAAUUUUGUUCUUAAUGUAUUCACGUAGUAAGUAACCUUUGUGGAGUGAAAUUUAUGUAACCACAUUAUGUUUUCCGAAGAGUAAAAUUUGAAAUGGCAUCCCUUAUUCACUGAGUUA